ACUGCUCGGGCAGGUACGAGCUGGCCAGCGUGGCGGGCAAGUCGCGCUUCGCCUCGCACCCCUCGCUGCACGGCGCCCUCGACACCCUCACGCACGCCACCAACUUCCUCAACAUGAUCCUGCAGAGCAAUAAGUCGCGGGAGCAGAACUUUCAGGAGGACCUGGAGUGGUAUCAAGCCUUGAUCCGGAGCCUCCUGGAGGGGGACCCCAACAUCUCUAGGGCAGCCAUCACCUUCAGCACCGAGCCCUUUGCUGCUGCCCCCCAGAUCUUCCUGCAGGCCAGCAGACAUGAGAGCCAGAUCCUCCUGCAGGACCUGUCCUCCUCGGCGCACCGCCUGGCCAACGCCUCUGUGGAGACCGAGUGGUUCCACGGCCUGAAGCGCAAGUGGAGGCCUCACCUGCACAGGAAGGUCCUGACCCCAGGCCCCAAAACUUUGGAGAGCAGCUGGAAGAGGCGCGAGAGCUUCAGUGCUGACAAGAACCACAUCAGGUGGUCGUCACCUUUCCUCGAGUGCGAGAAUGGGAAUUACAAACCUGGCUGGCUGGUGACUCUUUCGGCAGCUUUCUAUGGACUACGGCCGAACCUCUUCCCGGAAUUCAGAGGUGUUGUUAAAGUUGACAUAAAUCUGCAGAAGGUGGAUAUUGACCAGUGUUCAAGCGAGGGGUGGUUUUCAGGAACUCACAAAUGUCAUCUCAACAGUUCUGAG